GCUGCGAGGUUCGAGAGCACGAUUAGGUUUACGAAGGAUCACGAGUGGAUUAGGACGGAGGAUGGCAAGACGGGCACGAUUGGCAUUACGGAGUUUGCUGCGAAGGCGCUUGGUGAUGUCACGUUCGUUGAGUUUCCUGAAGUCGGUCAGGAGUUCAGCCAAGGAGACCAACUCGGCGCCGUCGAAUCCGUCAAAGCCGCAACAGACAUCUACUCCCCCCUCACCGGCACAAUCCUCUCUAUCAACGAAGACCUCGCCAAGAAGCCUUCCCUUAUCAACAAGGGACCGUUGGGGAAGGGGUGGUUGUGUACGAUGGAGAUUGGGGAGGGGGGGGAGGUGGAG